AUGUUGAAUUUGGAGUUCUUGGACUUGUCAAGAGAUAAUCUAUCGGGACAGAUUCCAAAAUCUUUAGAGAAACUUUGUUAUCUCAAAUCUUUCAAUGUCUCUUUCAAUAGACUUUAUGGAGAAAUUCCUGAAGGAGGAUCAUUUGGAAACUUCUCGAUCGAAUCAUUUCAGGGGAACGAAGCAUUGUGUGGUGCACCUCAACUUCAUCUUCCAAGCUGCGAAACUGAACCUCUCAAGAACUCCAAGGCUAAGCUCAUAAAAUAUGUGGCGCUUAUUUUUAUGAUAGAUCUAAUUAUCAAUAUCUUGAGAUGUAGGAAGAGGAAGGCCAGAUUAACAUCAGAGGAAGACUUUCUACCUUUAGGAACAUGGAGACGAAUUUCGUACCAUGAGCUUCAUCAAGCUACUGAUGGAUUCAAUGAAACAAAAUUGCUUUGUAAUGGGAAUUAUGAUUCUGUGUACCAAGGGAAUCUCUUGGGAUGA